AUGAAGCCGGCUGGUGCUCUCGUGCUCCUCUGGGCUGCUUCGCUCCUGCUCUCGGGCCGAGAUUGUAAAAUUUGCUCAGCGGUGAGUGAUGAUGUCACCUUGUUCCUGAUGGGCACCACUGAAGAAUAUGUCCAAGAAGUGGCACAAUACCGAAAUGAAUCUAUAAUAUUGGAAAAUGCCAAAAGCCUGAAGGAGUGCAUUGAUGGGAAAAUGACAGCGGACGACAAGACGAAUGCUGUCAAUGUGCUGGAUAAAAUAUACGCAAGUCCUUUGUGUUAA